AGUAUUUGUUAGUAUUCCGGUUGCACCGGUUGUGUGGAUUUAUUUUUUCCAGAUAAUUCGCACGUUCUCUUUGUCGGUCGCCAGGUGUUUGACAGUGUCCUCAUGUGAUUAAAAGUGGUACGUGAAAGUACAUGCGAAUUGCCAUUCGCAAUUCACAUUUAAUUGUCUUUUGACCUUUAAAAAAAAUCGCGUGUUCACCCUAGACGCCUGGAUGCACAUAAACAAGCAUCGGGAUGGAUCAGCAUCAUCUGCAGUUCCUGCCUUUUCUCCAUGGACGAAUCUGGGUUUCAAAAAUGGUGAGGCUAGAAGUUCCUGAUGUCGUGGGGGGAAGACCACAGCAGUGAUCUGGCUUUUUAAGCAGCAAAGGAUCAAGGAUGACGGUUAGUUAUACAGCGGAAGUAGCAACCUGCAGGGGCCUUGGAUGCUUUCUAAAAUUAUUACUGAGAUGGCGAGCAAGUAUUUACAAACUAGUGUGGCUGGACCUAGCCCUCUUCCUCUUCAUUUACUACUCCCUCUCGGCAGUUUACCGAUUUGUGCUCGACGAUCACCAAAAAAAAAUAUUCGAGCACAUAGUCGGAUAUUGUAACGAGCAUGGGAAUUACAUCCCAUUGGCAUUCGUCCUGGGUUUUUAUGUCACCAUUGUCAUGAACAGAUGGUGGAGCCAAUAUACAUCGAUUCCCUGGCCAGAUUCGAUAGCUGUCUAUGUAUCAGCCACCGUCCACGGAAAUGACGAAAGGGGAAGAUUAAUGAGACGAACCAUCGUCAGGUAUGUAUGUGUUUGUUUGACUCUCGUUCUGGCGAAUGUUUCUCCGCGAGUGAAGAAGCGAUUUCCGACGAUGGAACAUUUCGUUGAUUCCGGUCUGCUGCUGGAAAAUGAGCUCUCGAUUUUCCACAGUCUAAAUCAGAAAUUUCCAAAGCCAAGCAAACAUUGGCUGCCGAUAGUCUGGGCCUCGAGUAUUGUAACUCGAGCCAGAAAGGAAGGUAGAAUACGAGACGACUUUGCGGUAAAGACGCUGAUUGACGAGCUGAAUAAAUUUCGAGGCAAUUGCGGAAGUCUCAUUCAAUAUGACAACAUUAGUAUUCCCCUGGUUUACACCCAGGUUGUCACCCUGGCCGUUUAUACGUAUUUUCUGUCGAGUGUUAUGGGCGGACAGUGGAUCCAGGACAAGCCCACAGCGGCGAUUGAUCUCUACUUUCCGUUUUUUACGGCCCUUCAGUUCUUCUUUUACAUGGGCUGGCUCAAAGUCGCAGAAACUCUGAUCAAUCCCUUCGGAGAGGACGAUGAUGACUUCGAAGUCAACUGGCUCAUCGACCGAAAUCUUCAAGUGAGCUAUUUAAUCGUCGACGAGAUGCAUCAUGAGCAUCCGGAGUUGAUUCGCGAUCAGUACUGGGACGAAGUCUUCCCCGUGGAAUUGCCCUACACGGCAGCUUCCGAACCCUUCCGCGAGGAACAUCCUGAACCCUCAACAGCGAAUAUCCAACUGACAGCAGCUCAACAAGAAGUUUUGCCUUCCUCGGUUCGAAUCGACGAAAUGGUUCCGCCCGAUUAUCAGCAAAAACAAUUCCGAACCGACAUUGCCGAAGAUUCCAUCUCCGGGAUUCACUUUAACGUCGGAAAAAUGUCAAGUUCAGAAGAGGACCCAGGAACAUCCAUAGGAGCACUGGGCGGAGGUGGUCCCUGGGGAAAAAUAUUCUGCACAUGGGGACGACUUUCUGGUCGCAUCGACGUCAUCGUCAUCUGCUCGUCCACUUCCUCAAUCACUCCUAUCCUCAUCGACCCCCCUGCAACUGAAAAAGACCCGAAAAUAAUGGAAGCAGCAGAACCCGAGUUGGCGAGUCUACCGGGUGUUUUUGUUCCACUUCCACUGGUCCCAUCGGGCCUGUCCUCCUUGCUGAAUAAUCUUUUAAGGACGCUUGUAACACUUCCCACCCUCGUCAUGGAUCCACCAAUCAUACUUGGCGUCGAUCCCAUGCUCAUAUUUCUGUCUCUAAAUCAAUCUGCGAGGUCCAGUGGAGUGUAUGACCCAGUUCAAGGCUUUACCAGUGACUUGAAUGAAGAGGGAGGAGAUGACGAAAGUAUAGUUUCUAAUCAAUCGACUGACAGUUCCGUUGACGAAUUCACGAGGCUCAAGUCCGAAAGAUUAAAAGAGAGAAAGCAAAAAGCUCUCAUCAAGCUUGCAAGGAGCAUCAGUAGCAAUAGAGAAAGUGUAGACUCGGCUGAGUUUGGCGACACAGACAAUCUUAUUCUCACAGAGCUUGCAAACGCUUCGCGAAUCGCCAUGCAGUCAGCGAAAAGUGACAAUAUAAAAACCGAAUCAGGUCCGGUGUAGUCUUAAAUUUGCGCAUAAGUUUUUAAGGAUUUUUUCGCCGUACCCGUCGAAGGACACGCCUUUGUGAUUCAAAGAGACACUUGUUUUCAAGUGCACUUUUUUUUUAUCCUAAUAUCGUACCACUCUUUUUCAGAGCACCAUUUUGAGGAGUUCAUUAUUUAAGGCAUAUAGUCAACAUAAGGCUGUUUUUAAACAGGGUGGCCGCAAAUCUGGAAAUCAGAAAAAAUUCGGGAAUUUGGAUUCUUUUGAAAUUAUUUUCAGCUAUUUUAAAAGAUUCUAAUUUAUAAAUAAAUAUAGGCAGAGCCUAAUAAUUAAGGUAUCUUAUAUUUAUUUAUAAAUUAAAAUUUUCCCAGGCGUAAAGAAGAAAUUUUUUUUUUCUCUUUUUAAAAAAGGUAUUUUACAAGAUUUCCGAGGAUUUUAAUGAAUUUAAGGGUGGAAAUAUUCUUGGGUAUUUCAAAAGUUUCCUAGUAUUUUUUAAUAGAUUUAAAGAACUUAAAGGUAUUUCAAAGAAUUUGAAAAGUUUUAGGGUAUAUUAAAAAAUGUCAGAAUUUUUAAGAGAUCUAAAAAUACUCAAGGGAUUUCAAAAUAAUUCAAGGGAUCUGCAAUAUUUUAGGGAUUUUGUUAAUGAUUCGAAGAUUAUAUUAAGCGAUUCCAAGGAAUUUCACCAAGAAUUUGAAUUAUUUUAAAGGAUUACGACUAA